AUGGGUCGGAAACCAUUCGUAGGAGGAAAUUUUAAAAUGAAUGGGACGAUCAAGUCCAUCAAAGAGAUUGUCCACAACCUGUCCACAUCCAAGCUCGACCCAAACACUGAAGUUGUCGUCGCACCCCCGAGUUUGUACCUCCUCCUUGCUCGCGAACACCUUUCUCCCAAUAUCGAAGUUGCGGCUCAAAAUGUCUUUGACAAGCCCAACGGGGCUUUCACCGGUGAGAUUUCGGUGGCGCAAUUAAAGGACAGCGGUAUCACAUGGACACUGCUGGGUCACUCAGAGCGCCGAACUAUCCUUCGAGAAGAAGAUGAGUUCGUGGCUUGCAAGACCAAGGCUGCGCUUGACGGCGGAAUCGGUGUCAUCCUGUGCUGCGGUGAGAGUCUCGAGGAGCGAGAGAAGGGUAUCACGGUAGAUGUGGUGACAAGACAACUGGACGCAGUGAACAAAGCGAUUGGCAAGGACGGCUGGAAGAAUGUGGUAAUCGCAUACGAGCCGAUCUGGGCCAUCGGGACAGGCAAGGUUGCAACGACUGAACAAGCACAGGAAGUUCAUGCCGCCAUCAGGAAAUGGUUGAGCGAGUCUGUCUCGGCUGAGGCCGCCGAAAAUACCAGAAUCAUCUACGGUGGAAGUGUCAACGAGAAGAACUGCAGAGAAUUGGCUAAACAGCCCGAUGUGGACGGCUUCUUGGUCGGCGGUGCCAGCUUGAAACCUGCCUUCGUCGAGAUCAUCAACGCCUUCACAUAG